CUCCCGGCCACUUCCAGUUCCCGGUUCUAGAGCCUGUGCUGGAGAAUACUUUCCAGAUUGCUACUCACCGACUACGUGUGGGUCGUGGGUGUGGUGAAGCUCUAAAAAUUGCUACAACUUCUACCUGCUCCUACUCUUGAGCAACCUUUUCCAAUGAAUCACACCCUCCUACAAAAUUCCUUUCGCCUUGAUCCGCCUCCAGACAACGAUUUUAUCGCUUCUCAGCGUGUUUUCUCAGGUCCAGCAACAUAUCCGACCGAGGAAGAAGAGCAGCAUCGGAGGGUCGGCUCUCUCAGCCACUCAUUAGCGCAACCAGUGUCACUACCUGUAAGCAACGGCUUUAAGUACAGUACGCAACAUACUACUGUGCAGGACGUGCCUUUUCCAACAUCGCCUGGGCUCCUAGGAAGCCCUCUCGAUUCAUGUAAUAGUGGCUCGUCCUCGACCAGCCCCAUCUCAGCCUCCUCCCUCGCGUUUGCUUCUCUCAGCAACGUGUUCUCGCACAAUGUGACUUCCACAGAGAGCUUUCCUCCAGUGCCAGCUUCGGCCUACUCGCACUCGACAGGAUUUUCGUGGAAUGAAAGAACGCCAGAUUUCAGGCAUCGUGUACCUGCACUACACCCACCUGCUGGCAUGUCUACAUCUUUAGAGUCACAGGCCGCGGCAGCCCCUGUGAAUCCGACCCUGAUCGGAAGAGGAGAGGCUGGUUUUCCGGCAUACACGGUGGGGAGGGGUUCUUUUGCGUCGCCUCAUUCGAGCUUCAACGACAUGUCUCGAUACCCGCAUUACACGACGACACCGCGGGCUCUGGAUAACUCAAUCGACCGUGCAGCGAAUACAAUUUAUAGUCAGUCGGGAAAUUCCUUGCUGGAACGUUCGCAACGCUCUGCUCAUGCGGUAACAGAUGCACCUCCGUUUCACUCCACAAAUGUCAUUCAUUCAAUCGUGACUCCCAGUCAUUCGAUCAAACCAGAAAUCCAAGCGAGAAUCCACAAGGGGUUCUUUCAAGUCGAUCAGAAAUGGACUUGCUAUCGCCGAAAUUACUUCUCAUUGUCUUGCUCCUUUUCUCUCCCCGGAUGGGCACCGAAUACGCCGCUAUAUAUACAGUUGCCUAAUCACACAACUGAGCCCAUUCAUUCCUUCUCCAUGUCAAUCUCAGCGAUUGUGAAUGCUCAGGAUGGCGAAGUCAGGGAGCUCGUGCAGCAUACGCCUAAGCGUGAUAAACAGUCGGAGACAAGACCGGGCAAAGUCACAUUACAGCCGCAACCCGUUCCGUCUCUCCUCGGCCACGGUUCGGCCACUGGCCUUUGUCUCGGGACUUCUUCACGUUCAGUCAACAUGUCCAUGGAUUUCGGGUCUCCAUACGCGACCGUGGGACAGUCUUCUCAACCGCCCACCCAGCACACUUUCGAGCGUAUCCAGUUUCAGAGGGCCACCGCAAACAACGGCAAGCGGCGAGCGCAGCAACAGUAUUACAAUCUGGUGGUGGAGCUUUAUGCAGAAGUACCUAGUCCGUUAGGCAGUACUGCUGACACGCAGUGGGUGAAGAUCGCCAGGAGAAUCUCUGAGCCGAUGGUAGUACGUGGGCGUUCCCCUGGGCACUACAAGGAUGGCAGGCGUGAUAGUUCCACAAGCAUGGGCCCUGAUGGCAGGACUGGCGGCUCGGAAGAUGGCAAGGGGGGCGCUGUACUGCCAUCUGGUAUAGGGCAUGGAGCACGUUCGAAUCUGCCUUUGAUGUCGUACGACCAUUCCCGGCGCGGUGGCUCCCACUACGGAAGGAGUGACUACCGUCAGAUGGCGCCCAUUGAUCAUCCAUCCUUGAACGACAGCCCACUGAUUUCUUCAUCGUCCUCUUCGGCAGUUGAAUUUCCCUUCUUGAAUGACCCCAUGGAACCCAUGGAGGGUGUGCCAAGCGGCUCAUAUCCGGAGCAAGCCUUCUCGUCAUCAUCCGAAGAUCGCAGGUCGGAGUGUCAGUUUGCCUUUGCUGGCCCAAGCGCGAUGUUCAAUUAUGACGCUUUAUCUCACAAUCGUGACCAUACUGAGGCAAGUUUUCGGGAUUCGUUCGACAGCGUCGCUGCUGCUUUGCAAGACGAUCGUGUAGAUCCACGACGCUUGAAGCGCUCUCAUCGAGACAUCCAUACGAUAUUCGAUGGCCCUUACAAUCGACUUGAUGCUAGAGCGAGCUCCCGGCGGUUAUGCGCUUGAACGACUACUUUAUUUGACCACGUUACUUACAGGCUCGGCGAAUAAUUCUUUUUUUUUUUUGUUUCUGUUCCAUAUCUGAUGAAUUCCAAUUUUCAGUUCUCCCCUGAUUCAC